GAAAUAACUGCACGUUAUCCUGAAUGCGAAACGCAUACUUCGCACGAAAAGACAACGCAUAAUAGAACGUUGAUGUAAGAAGUCACGGAAUACUUUGUAAUUAGAAAUUGUUCGAAGCAGUUUUAAGUAUGGAUUCGGAGUUUCCUGAUCCGGAUGAAGAAUUUGAUUUAAUUCACGAAGACGAAUAUGAAGUUUUGAGAGAAAUAGAAGAACUUGAAAGGAAAAGAGCAGCUCAAUCUCAAGAAACUGGGACCGUACAUGAAAAGACUAAGCAAAAUAAUGAAUCGAAUACCUCAAAACCUAGCGUAUACAAGGAAUUAAAUACUCCUGUUCCUAAUGUAUAUAAAGAAUUAAAUAAUCCUACACCUGUUAUGCGUACAGAAUUAAAUACUUCUACAUCUAAUAAAUGCAAUGAAUUAAGUAUUCCCAGCACAAGUAAUGAAAUUAAAAAUAGUGACAAUUUUGAAGCAGAUAAUACAAAGAAACGGAGUUUCAAUGAGCUAUUUGGUGACAUUUCAGAUAUACUAGAUACAAAUGAUUUUGUCGAUGGUCAGGAGCCAAGCGAAAAGAGACCAAGAUGGGAUCAACCUGAACUUAUUAUUAAAGUGAUAUUAGACGCCAGAAAAAGAUUACGCGAACAGAAUAAAGGAGUUCCUGUAAAGACUAAACAUAUAGAAGAAAAGAGAGACUCCAUAUCCUUACGGGUUCCACAUUGGAAUUUUGUAGCCGUAACCAGACCGCACGAUGCACAGCGUAUAUAUAUCAGAGUGAAAAGUAACCGGGAGUACAAUCAGAAAAUAAAUACACAUUCAGUUUCUAAUCUACUGUCUGUAUCUUAUAGUCAACUGAAGGCUGAGGCUGAAGAAAUUAUGGUGCAGAAUGCUAAACGUGCCAGUUUUGAAAAUUCCGACUCCUCUGUCACGGAACUCUCUCUGAACGAUAAAGAUGAGUUGUGGGUCGACAAGUAUAGACCUAGAUCGUACCUGGAAUUGCUUUCCGACGAAAGCGUUAACAGGAAUUUAUUACAUUGGAUAAAACUUUGGGAUAAAGUGGUGUUCAAUCGGGAUUAUGUUCGAAACAGAAAGAAAAGAAUUUUCUCAACGUUUAGGAAUAAAAAAUUUACGGACGAACAACAUGUCGAAGAAGUCGACCAACAAGGUUUCCCAAUACAGAGAAUAGCGCUGCUUAGCGGACCGCCUGGAUUAGGGAAAACUACGUUAGCUCAUAUAGCGGCGAAGCAUGCUGGUUAUAAUGUUGUUGAAAUUAAUGCGAGCGACGAAAGGAGCCCGGACGCUUUCAGACAAAUACUUCUUGCGUCAACGCAAAUGAAAGCUGUAAUGGGAAAUGACCCGCGACCGAAUUGUUUGGUAUUAGAUGAAAUUGAUGGAGCGCCAGUAGCAUCGAUCGAGCUCUUGCUCAAAUUUGUACAGGGCAAACUAAUUGCUAAAGGUAAAAAAGCAAAGGCCAAUAAACAAUCAAAUAUUUGUCACCGCCCUGUAAUAUGCAUUUGCAACGAGCCAUAUACUCCAUCGCUAAGAUCUCUUAGACAAGCUGCUCUUAUUUUACAAGUACCAGAAAUAAAUCCUGCAACGUUAGCUGACAGAUUAAUGGAAAUAUCGCGAAAGGAAGAUAUUGAAGCAAAUUUUGACGCUCUUUUGAAAUUAGCUGAAAUAUCCGGUUGCGACAUUAGAUCAUGUUUGGGAGCGUUGCAAUAUAUGGGUAGUGCGAAAUUAGGGGAUAGUUUAUUGUUUGCGUUAAAAGACACCCGUAAAGGAUUAUUUGAUACGUGGAAAGUAAUAUUGACAGUACCUAUGAACAUACAUGGAAUACUUCCUAUUUCUGAAAGAGUUCGUAUUGUACUGAAAGCUGUACAAAAUGGGGAAUCGGAAAAAUUAGCACAAGGGAUAUUCCAUAAUUAUCCAGAAAUUUGUAACGAGAAAUUGAAUUACAUAGUCAUGUGCUUACAGUGGUUUCAAUUUUUUGAUGAGAUCGUAUCGUUUAUCGCUAAGUUUCAAACUUGGUCCGUCAUGCCUUACACAAAUUAUGCAUUUAUCACGUGGCACUUAUAUUUCGCCAAAGCAAGACACGUUAAAUUAUCUUAUCCCACUGUUCCAUACGAAAUGAGGCAGAAACAAGAAAGGAGCAGGGGAAUUUUAACAACUAUUCAUCGAAGUAGCGGUCGCGACAGUACAAUAUUGGCUGUCGAUAUUGCUCCUUUUUUACCAGAUUUACUGUCCCCGCGGCUGCGAACAGUUUCUGGACACUUGCAUUCUGCUAGUGAAAGAAACGAUAUCGUUCGAUUAGUGAAUGUUCUGAUCGAAUAUGGUCUCACGUUCAUCCAAGAAAGAAACCUCGACGGGAACUAUGAAUACAAACUAGAUCCUAACAUAUUCGAAGUUGGUAUUUUUCCUGACUGUAAUCAUCACCGGACGCUCGCGUACGCGGUGAAACAAAUAAUUAUUCAAGAAUUAGAAGCUGAACGCUUACGGCGCGCUGCGAAUGUAAUGAGAAACAUAACAAAUUCUACCCAAAAGAAGGAUAAUAGUACCGCGAAAAAAAAUAUGAAAAUUGAUACAAAGAAAAGUAACGAAAAUUCUAAUGAAAAUUCUAAACAAAGAAAAUCGGAAAUAAAAGAAAUUACGUAUAAGGAUUUCUUUGGAAGAGUGAUUACAGUAAAUCAAGAUAAACAAAACACGUUGGAUAAUCAAACCAAUAAUCCACGUAAUUCGUUAAAAAAACAUUGCGUGUGGUAUAAAUAUAAAGAAGGAUUCAGCAAUGCAGUCCGUCGGAAUGUAAUAAUGGCAGAACUUCUUUAAAUUGCAAACAUAUUUUUAUAACAAACUCGACAAUAAACUUAUUAAUUUUUAUUUUAAAAAACGUAGAAUG